CGUUUGGUUUCAACCUUUCAGCUUAUCUUGACUCAGCUGAGCUUUGCGAGGGCAAAGCGAGAACUCCUUGGAAGUUAGCUUAACCUGAUUCGAACUUGAUUUUUUUUAUUUAUUUUUAUCUUUUUUUUUAAAAAAGUUACAUUUUGGAAGACACCGGUGCAUUUCAAAGUGGAUAUGUUGACCUUCGUGUUUGUGUGCCUCUCUAUCUCUGUCACAGGCCUGCAUGCCGAUUUUACAGUUAGUGUUGGUAGCUCCUCUGUAAAAGUGAAAGAGAAUGAGGGAGUUGACUUGAAAUGUUCCUACACUGCUGACUUCGGGGCAACACCCAGAGUAGAGUGGAAGUUCAAGGAUCUCAAAGGCUCUCAAACGUUGAUCUACUUUGACAACAAACCAACCGGUCAAUAUGCAGGCCGCAUUACCAUGUAUAGCGGUGGACUGAGGUUUAACAAGGUGACACGAGCGGAUACCGGAGACUAUGACUGUGAGGUGUCUGGCAAUGGUGGAUAUGGCGAGAAUACCAUCAAACUCACAGUUCUUGUGCCUCCUUCCAAGCCUGUAUCCAGAAUUCCUUCAUCGGUCACAACAGGCAGUAACGUCCGUCUGACCUGCUUCGACACCGAUGGCUCUCCUCCAUCCACCUAUAAGUGGUACAAAGAAAACGCUCCCCUCCCCGAGGAUCCAACCAAGUUCCCCAGUUUUAAGAACCUCACCUACAAGAUGAACAUUUUCAAUGGUAACCUGGAGUUCGUGAGUGUGUCUAAGUUGGAUACUGGUUCAUAUUUCUGUGAGGCCAGUAAUGGAGAAGGCUCUCCUCAGCGUGGGGAUGCUGUGCGCAUGGAUGUCCAGGAUCUGAAUGUUGGUGGCAUUGUUGCGGGGGUUAUCGUGGCUUUGCUGGCAGUAGGAUUGCUCCUCUUUGGUCUAUGGUAUGCCAGUAGAAAGGGAUAUCUGCCAAGUAAAAAAAGCAGAAAGCAAGCCAAAGCAAGCUGUUUAUACGCAGCCCAGAACAGAUGAUAUAGAUGACGGAGAUGGGGAAUUCAGACAGAAGUCAUCUUUUGUUGUGUAGUCUGUGCUACUCUGGAUGAAAUGUCAAGAUUCAGUGCCUAGAUCAAUGUUUUUUUUUGUUUUUUGUUCAUACAAUUAGCACCAGUGCGUGUGUGUGGGUGUGUCGAGAAAUGCCCAAAAACUUUAAAGCAGCCACAGAUUACAGAUUUAGUUUUUGGAAUCUAAGCCGGUUUUGUAGAAAUGAAUAGAAAUGUAAUUUAUUGAACUAUUAUAAAUCUGUGAGCGGUAACCUAAGGGGUUUGAUAUAAAUUCCCUAUCAAUAGAAUUUGCCCUGAUUAUAAGCAGCUGUUUAGUUUUGUGUGAACUAAUAUAUAUAUAUAUAUGCUAUUUUUACCUAACUGCACUAUGAGAUAGAAACUUCUUGGGGAAAAGAAGACGAUAUGAAUGUUCCCCAUUCAGGAAAUAAUGUCCCCUCCCGCUGUUCGUCGUAAUCAUUGAUAUUUUGUUUGUUUACUUUACCUGCAUUUUUAAUGAUAGUGUGCCUUGUGUGUAUUUUAUACUUUAUAAUAUGUAAAUAGAUCUGUCUUUUGGAUGUGUUUUAGGAUUUUACAUAAUGCUUAAUUGACCUCGGAAUUAUUAAUCUAGGAACAAAUUACGAAACCUUUAUAUUUCUUUUGUUUGAUCAAACUUUUAAUGUGUGACCUGAUCUCAUUCUUUCAAUAAAUGGAAUUUACUGAC